CAAAUACCAUUUCCACAUGAAACCUUUCUGGAUUUCCCAAAUGGUGAGGGACUCCCUUCCCAAGUUACCUGGGAUUAAACUUCACUGUAUUUGCACAGUGUCCCAAAAAUCUUAACACAGAUUUAAGCUUUCAUAUUUCAACCUUCUGUAUGAAUAUUUAUUAAUAUCAAUGUUUAUUCAUUGGAUAUUUAUUCAUUUCAUUUCCAUCAAUUGAGAUUCAUAAUCUGUUCUUGCGGUUGUCUCCUCUAGUAGACUGUCCACUCCUUUUGAGUAGAGACUAUUUCAUUCUUUGUACCCCCAGGCCAGGAAAGUAGGAGGUCUUUAAUAUUUGUUGACACAAUUUUAGCUGUGUGAGCUCUAUGAAGCUCAGUUUUCUUUUUGAGUUUUUUGUUUGUUUGUUUUAUCUCUGAAGUGGUAAAGUAGAAAGUGGGACUUGGAGACAGGAAGAGUUGAGUUCAAUUGCCUGUUCACUUAGUAGCAUAAAUCAGUAUCAGUUUACUCAUCUGUAAACUGGGGGACCUGGGCUGAGGGCCUCCAAGCUUCCUCCCAGACCUAAGUCUAUGAGCCAAUCAAUGUCUCAAGACUCAGCCAAGUCUAGAUUUCUGCUCCCAUGUGCCUCUAAUUCUUGAUCUUGCUUCUCCCAAGAGUUCCUCCCCAAGCCAUUGCUAUGUGCCUUGCCCAGAGCCAUAGUGAGCCCAGGGUGGAAUGUGACCUUGCGGUGCUGGCAUCCUGCCCAGUCGUCCCUCCAGGGAUUGAGGUUUGCUCUGAUGAAAGUGGGGAUCACAGAAGCCUUACAGAGCCAGAGUCCCGAGGGGACCCACGUUGACUUCUCUCUGCCACAUGUGAGCACCAAGAAUACCGGGAGCUACAGCUGCCUUUACUAUGAAGUGAAUGCCCCCCACAGGACAUCGGAACCUAGUGAGAAUCUGGACCUGUUGGUGACAGGCUACCUCCCCAAACCCUCUCUCUUGGCCAGACCCAGUUCCAUGGUGUCCCCAGGAGAGAACGUGACCCUUUGGUGUUGGCGGCCUCCCCAUGCAGACCUCCAGGAAGUGAAAUUUACUUUGCUUAAAGCUGGGACCCUGAAGCCCUUACAAUAUCAGAGUUCAGCAGAGAUCCAGGCUCCUUUCUCCCUGCUGUCUGUCAGAGCGGAGGAUGCUGGGAACUACACAUGCUUUUACUCUGAGACAGAGCCCCCUUACAUGAUGUCAGAGCCUAGCAGUGUCCUGGAGCUAUUGAUUACAGGUUCUCUUCCCAAGCCCUUGCUCUCAGUCCUUCCAGGUCCUGUGAUAGCCCCAGGAUUUCAUGUCACAUUCCAGUGCCAGCAGCCACCCUGGUUUUCCCUCUGGGAACUGACAUUUGCAUUGUUUAAGGCUGACAUCCCUGACCCCUUACAGCAACAGAGACCAAUGGGUACCCAGGCUUCCUUUCCCAUCCUGGUUGCUAGGACCCAAGAUUCAGGGAACUACAGCUGUGUUUACUAUCAUUCAAGAAUACUUCAGCACAAAGUGUCAGAACCCAGUGAUCCCCUGGAAAUCUGGAUAACAGAUUCAAGCGUCAAUUCACACCAUACACAAGACACACACUUUAUAUAUGCUGGCUAUUAACAUUGUGAGAUGAUCAGCUGUGAUAGACUGAGCUCUUCUCAACAGUGCAAGGAUCCAAGACAAUCCCCAAAGAUUCAUGGUGGAAAAAUGCUAACUGCAUCCAGAGAAAGAACUAUGAAAUCUGAAUGCAGAUCAGAGCAGACUAUUUUUGCUUGUUUUUUUGGUGGAGGGGAGAACUUUUUGGGUUUUUACAUUUUGUUCUGUUUCUUCUUUCACAACAAGACUAAAGUGCAAAUAUGUCUAACAUGAUUGAACAUGCAUUGUCAAAUGUAAAUUGCUUAUCAUCCUGGGGGGUGGAGAGGAGUAAAGGAAAGGAGGAAUAAAAUUUUGUAAUUCAAAAUCUUAUAAAAUAUAUGUUGGAAGCUAUGUUUACAUGUAAUUGGGGAAAAUAAAAUACUAAUUACAAAAAUCAACUUUUGAACAUUAAAAAAUAAA